AUGUCCUAUAACGAAAGUAACACCACUGCAACUCCUGCAGUAUCUUUAAAUAGUACUUUAGAGAAUAAUACAAGUAAUUCAACUGAUAAUGCUUAUAAUCCUACUUAUACGAAUAGGAUUUUAUUUAUUAUUUUUUUUAUAAUUUACCUUAUUGUAAAAUUUUAUACUGGUAGAUUUUCCCAAUAUGCACGUCACAGACAAAAUGGGAAUAAUCAUUUUGAUUUAAUAUCUAUAGAUUCUGGGUAUUUUGAGAAUAUUCCCGAAGAUGAACAAGAAGAAAAUGUAGAUUAA